AAUGAUGUAGUUCUGCACUUUCUGAUCUGCCGAAUCCGUCGCGAUGCGUGUCAUGUGCUACCGUACUUGACUGAUUGGCGGCAUCAUUUCUGUGUUUGUUUCUCACCACUCCUACCCUGUUGUCUCUGUGGCUAGUCCACGACUCGGGCGGCCGGUCCCCAUGAACUAAUUCUCUCUUUAUCUUCUCUUAUGCUGGUCGUCACCUUUGCUUUUCUGCUGGGCGUAGCGGCCUUGGGAUCGCAGGUCGCUCUCGCAAAAACAUUUAAAUUCAGUUUCGAGAAUGAUAACAUUACCCAGUGCGCUCCCGUCUCCAUCUCAUUCCAGGGGAGCGACAUUCCUGAGGACUCUAUCCCUGUUAAUCUCACUCUCCUUCCCCUCAAUGCACCACCUAUCGGUAUACCCAUACCUAACUUGGCAAUAAACUCCUCCGGAGUUUAUAUUACCUUUUUCCCACUGAAGGCCGGCACGACAUUCAUCGCUUCUCUCGAUGACCAGGACGGAGACAGCACCGCCCAGGUGUCUGACUUGUUCAGGAUCCUGGAUUCGGACAACACGGCCUGCCUUCCUUCUAAUCCUGAUGAGGAAACCCUGUUCACUUAUGAUGAAUCUGUGGAUCAAUGCGGUAAUUUCACCGUACAAUAUGCUACCCCAGAGGCUCCAUCCGUCCGACUUUGGAAGCCAAAGGGACAAUCCUUUUUGCUACAGCAGACCAGCGAUAAUACGGUCUCUAAACAGGCCAUUUAUACAAUGAAUUUUUCCCGUCAAAACGACGUCGUGUUGUUAUUUGACAGUGGGCCCCAUCAGCAGAACACUUCAUCUUUGAUAACAGUUACUGGAGACGCGACGACAUCAAGGAAUUGCCUUUCUAAUAAUAACACAAAUAGCAAGAAUGGGACCAGCAGUCAAGACAACGAUGCGACUACCCAGUCGACAAUGCCAAAGAAUGUCGUCAUUGGCGUUGGUGUAGCGUCGGGACUAGUGGGUUUGGUAUCGAUUCUCGCCAUUAUAUUCGUCAUUCGCGAGAGGCGACGCCGCAAGCAGCGAUUGAGUCGCAUCCCCUUCGUGCCAGAUUCCCUCUACAAACCACGUUCGUUUGACCUGACAGAAAAGGGAGACUACUCUCCCUUUGGAUCCCCAGAACUCCAGCAUUCAGACGGUAUUGUUGUAGACCCGCCUUACGCCCUUGCGAGUUACUCUCCGUCCGUUUCCAACUUCUCUCGUGGCAGUGGGCAGUCAUGGGACAUUGUCAGUCUCGGUCAGACAAGACGUGGGUCUGACGGUAUCAUCCCCAUGAACAGGUCAGCGAGCAUGAACCCUCUGGAUAUUGAGGGAAUGUUGAAUAUGGCCGCGAACCAAAACAACGCUCGACCUAUCAGCCCAGCAGCGCGAUCCGAAUCCUCAUUUAGCAACCUCGGCAAUCCUCAAUCUGUGUCUGCACUCACUAAAGCUUACUUACGGUCAGAAACUCCACAGGAUUCUAGGUCUUCUGCUAUCCCACCUUUCGCACCUGCGACUACGCGAAGCUCUACCGUCUCUGCUCAUGUAUCGCAUGCCUCUUCCAACUUUACCAUCAAGCCUCUCCAACCACAAGUCGCUGUUGGCCUGCCAUCGUCUCCUCAGAACAGAACUUUGACGCAACAACAACCACCUUCGAGCGACGACGGUAGAUUGCAGGGCAUUCCAUUAAUUCGUAACCGGGAUACUGUUUCAAGCUGGGGAAAUGUUGUUGGGUUGGCUAAAUGACUUGCUAUGUCGGGAUGUAUUUAUGGUCAGCCAGGUGCCGUCCACAGUGGGUCCUUGGCUAAUCACGUUCGGUUUGAAGUUAGACGCG